UUGCUGUUUCGCGUCAGAGUGUCUUCAGGGUCGUGUUGCGUGUCCGUACUGUUACAUAAAAGUAAUUAGACGAUUUUGAACAAGAACCUUCAUCUGUGCGAAAUAAACAAAACAAUUUCGAUAAUAAUCGUGAAACGUGUCCACUCUAGUGGAACGGCGUUAUGAAAUCUCUAUUAUUACGGUGAAAAAGCGGUCGGUGAUUGAUUCGGAACGCUCCCAUUUCGAUUUGAAUUUGUAAUUUCGGUCGAGAGUGCUAUGUGACAAAAUUCAAAAUUGCUUGUCGUUUCGAUACGACUGUCAUAAAAUUUCUCAUUGCUGCUUUUGUGAUGUGUAUUGUUUGGACGUAACCUUCCUUAAAGCUGGGGCAUAAGGACGCCAGUGGCACCAAAAUGGUGGACUAUUACAAAGUCCUCGAGGUGUCAAAAAACGCAACGACUGCUGAAAUUAAGAAAGCUUACCGCAAAUUGGCUUUGAAAUGGCAUCCCGACAAGAACCAAGACAACAUCGAGGACGCCACAAAGAAGUUCAAAGAGAUCUCCGAAGCGUACGAAGUUCUUUCUGAUGAUUCGAAACGAAAAAUUUACGACAACCGCUCGAAUAGGUCCACUAGUACAAGAACGAGGUCCUACAGGAGUCACUUUGACACUCAUACCCCCUUUCAUCGUUAUUUCGAUAAGAAACGUCGUAUGUACGACCAGUACGGUAAAGAAGGGCUCAUCAACGGCGGUAGUCGUAGUCGCAGCCGCCACGAUGACGAAUUCGACUUUGGCGGUUUCGGUUUCUUCACUUUCAGAGAUCCGGAGGACGUUUUCAGGGAGUUUUUCGGGGGUUCUACUCUUGCCGACUUGUUUGGAGAUUUUCACGAUCACGGGCAUAGAGACCGGCGACGGAACAGACAUUCACAUCCACAGAAUGCUCUCAGUUCGAGUCUGUUCAGCCCGUUCGGGGUGAGUCUGGGGGGUAGUUUCAUGGACGAGUUUUUCAAUACGGGCCAUGGGGGAUUCACCUCCUUCAGCACCAUAAAUAGUACGUUUACAAACGGGGCGGGGGGCACGGCCAACGUCAAGAGGACGUCAACGUCGACGCGCUUCGCCAACGGGAAGAAAAUCACCACGAAGAAGGUGUACGAGAACGGGAGAGAGACGGUGAUGACGUACGAGAACGAUAUCCUCAAAUCGAAGACUGUGAAUGGGGUUCCUCAGAGUCUGACGUACAGUUAAACACACUGCUACUUACAAAAUUAGAAGAAUCUACAAUUUAUGUGAUCUUGAUGUUGAUCGAUUUCUGGCCACGCAGUGUUGCCAAAUUGUCAGUGUGUGUAUUAAAGACUUCUUGCAACUGGUUUCAAGUUUUUUUUAUUCAGUUGUACAAUAAAAUAUUAUGAUUCUGUUUUCAGAAUUUUUGUAGUAUCUUAAUUUUUAAUAAGAUGUUAUGAUGAUGUAAGAAUCGAGGAGGUUUUUACAUCAUUGCAGUUUAGGUUAGCUAGAGAUAGGAAUUGAUGACGCUCUUGAACGAGAGGUGCUCAGGAUGAGUUGUUUAGUUACUAGUUACAUUUUUGUCAUGUGAAAAAGUUCGGUUUUCGUUUUGUUUUUGCCAAGACUGCUCAUUUUUUAUUAAGCUUGAUUCAAAGGAGGAAUUAACAUGGAAGAGAUAUUUUGUAUUAUGCAACGUUUUAAUUUUAAUUUAAUAUUAAUUUGCUAGUUUUUUCCCAAGCACUUACUAUUACUGUUAAGUACACAAAUGAUUAUACUAUUAAUGUGUGCUUAGAGAUGUACAGUCACAGUGUUAGAAAAAAUAUAAUAUAAACGAUU